GGAACCAUGACAGAAGAUGACCGAGGCGGCGCUGGUGGAGGAGGGCCAGGUCAAGCUGCGGGACGGCAAGAAGUGGAAGAGUAGGUGGCUGGUGCUGCGCAAGCCGUCGCCCGUGGCAGACUGCCUGCUGAUGCUGGUCUACAAGGACAAGUCGGAGCAUACCAAGGGCCUGUGGGAGCGCAGCAGCCUGACGCUAGAGGACAUCUGCGGGCUGGAGCCCAGCCUGCCCUACGAGGGCCUGGCCCACACGCUGGCCAUUGUCUGCCUGUCCCAGGCCAUCAUGCUGGGCUUUGACAGCCACGAGGCCAUGUGUGCGUGGGAUGCCCGGAUCCGCUAUGCGCUCAGCGAGGUACAUAGGUUCCAUGUGACAGUGGCUCCAGGCACCAAGUUGGAGAGCGGCCCGGCUACCCUGCACCUCUGCAAUGAUGUCCUCGUCUUGGCCAGGGACAUCCCCCCGGCUGUCACGGGGCAGUGGAAGCUGUCCGACCUCCAGCGCUACGGGGCCGUGCCAAGCAGAUUCAUCUUUGAAGGCGGGACCAGGUGUGGGUACUGGGCUGGCGUCUUCUUCCUGUCCUCGGCCGAGGGGGAGCAGAUCAUCUUCCUGUUCGACUGCAUCGUCCGAGGCAUCUCCCCCACCAAGGGCCCCUUUGGGCUGCAGCCGGUUCUACCAGACCCAAGUCCCCCGGGACCCUCGACUGUGGAGGAGCGUGUGGCCCAGGAAGCCCUGGAAACCCUACAGCUGGAGAAGUGGCUGAGCCUCCUCUCACAUGCGGGCAGGCCGGGCAGUGGAGGGGAUGACCGCAGCCUGUCCAGCUCAUCCUCAGAGGCCAGUCACUUGGACGUCAGCGCCAGCAGCCGGCUCACCGCAUGGCCAGAGCAAUCCUCGUCGUCGGCCAGUACGUCGCAGGAGGGGCCUAGACCAACAGCUGCCCAGGCCCCCGGGGAAGCCAUGGUGGGUGCCUCAAGGCCACCCCCCAAGCCGCUGCGUCCGCGGCAGCUGCAGGAGGUUGGCCGCCAGAGCUCCUUGGACAGCGGCAUCGCCACCGGCAGCCACUCCUCUUACUCCGGCAGCCUCUCAUCCUACGCGGGCAGCAGCCUGGACAUGUGGCGGGCCAUGGACGAACUGGGCUCACUGCUCGGCCUGCCAGCAGCGGGGGCCCCCGAGCCCAGCCUGUGCAUCUGCCUGCCUGGGACAGUCGAGUACCAGGUGCCCACCUCCCUGCGGCCCCACUAUGACACACCACGCAGCCUUCGCCUGGCUCCCAGAGACCACAGCCCCACCUCGCAGGGCAGCCCCGGCAACAGUGCGGCCAGGGACUCAGGCAGCCAGACGUCCGCCGGGUGGCCCUCUGGCUGGCUGGGCACGAGACGGCGGGGCCUGGUGAUAGGACCCCAGGGCAGUGAGGCCACACUGCCUGGCCCUGUCCCCGGCGAGCCCUGGGAUGCAGGCAGCUCCCACGCGGGGCCACCCCCGGCUUUCUUUUUGGCAUGUCCAGUCUGUGGAGGACUCAAGGUAAACCCCCCUCCUUGAGAGCCGCAGAUCCGGCCCUGCGGCUGCAAAGGGGC